CAACAGGGCUUUCUUUACUUGUUUUUCCAUAAACCAAACUCCAAAAAACUCACUCAAAUCCGAUCAAAAUCCCUCAACUUUGCCAAAUGGGUUCGUACAGACACUUGCAGUUGCAGGCUUUUUUCACAGCCGUCUUUACUAUUACCAUUAUUAAUAUUAUUGGAACCAGCUAUUAUUACCAACCAUGCAAACACAAAGAUGUGCCUCGAGAACAAGAAUCAUCUUUCUUUUUUAGCCCCUUUAUGAAAACAUUCAUUCAUUCAUGGCCUUGUGAGCUGUGAAACUUUCAAUAAUGGCUCUCUUUUUAGCCUCAUUAUAACCCCUUUUGUUGUUAAUUAAUUACCCUUUUAAAGUUUAAACCUUUCCCAUUAAUCCCCUUUUGCAGAGCAAAAGCUCAACACCAUUCAGAGCAUUUAUGCACUGUACAACUUCUCUUUUUAUCUUUUGUGGUUCUGGGUCGUAAUUAUCCUUGUCAGAGACCCUAAUUACUGCUUCUACCCCAUACUUUUUUGUAUACCAUUUUUUCACACCUACCAUCAUUUGUUUGCCGCUUCUUGUUUUUCUCUUUCACUUACCAUUAAAGCUUUGCUGUGUGUGUGUGUGCUUGUGACCUCCCUUUGUAAUUACUAGCUUUUGCAGUAAUAGUAGCUAGCAGCAUUUCUACUGCUGCUAAACUCUGAAAUCUCCUCUGUCUUUUCUUCAUUUGUGGGCCGAGUUCUUGUGAUCCAACAACUGGGUUUUGGUUAGCAAUGGCAGCUCCCUCUGGUUGUUCUGCAUCAGUGCCUUCACUGCCACCACCGUGCCCAAAGUCGCCUCCACAGUAUCCAGAUUUGUAUGGGAAGCGCAGAGAAACAGCCAGGGUUCAGAUGCUUGAGAGGGAGAUUGGUUUUCUUGAGGAGGAACUUAAAUCUGUUGAACGCCUUCAACCUUCUUCAAGAUGCUGCAAAGAGGUUGCUGAUUUUGUGGCUGCAAACCCAGAUCCAUUAAUACCUACGAACCGAAAGAAACGCCGGUCAUGUCGCUUCUGGAAAUGGCUUUGCCGAAUGCCCUGUUUUAGCUGUUCAUGGAUUUGCUGUUGCUGCUGCAAUCGGUGCUCUCUUCACCUAGAAAUGCCACGCUGCUGUGACUGCGGUCAGUGUAACUGUAAUCCGUGUGCCUGCUGCUGUCCACUUCCAAAGUGGCGGUGUGGCUGCUCAUGUCCCCAGUCUGGCUGCUCAUGUCUCCGGUCCAGCUGCUCAUGUCCCCGGUCCAGCUGCUGCAAAAAUAUUUCCUGCAGCAAAAUUGUUGCAUUUUUCCGUCGUGUUCAUGUCCUGAUUGCUCUUGUAGCAAUUGUUUCAAAUGGAAAUGCUCUUGUCCUAAAUGUCCAAAGUUACGGCCUUGCUGCUGUUGUAGAAUAUCCUGUUGUUGUAACCCCUGCAGUAUAUGUUUGUAGUAUUGAUGCUUGACGUUUAUGGAAGCUUUGUUCCUCAACAUGGUUUUUCAAUUGAACUAGUCUUAAUUUUGCCGAUAGUGAGGGCUCUAAAAAAAAUUAUGUGAGCUAUGAAGUAAGUUUUAUAGUAUUGGCCUCUGCAUUCUUGGUUCCCUGUUGAA